AUGCUUUCCAGCCUGUUCGGGAUAAGUUCCCUCGGUGUGAUGUCUGUCCCAAGCAAUGACAAGCGCCGCGACACACGAAAUGAAUGCCGCAAGGCCUUGGCUGACCAUAUCCAUGAGCGACUUGGCCUCGAAGUCUCACCUGACAAGAUACGCUUGCACCCGUCUCGAGACAGUGGAUAUGAAUGGUCCGUGGCAGAUUCCCAGCAGUACCUGUUCGAAAAGGAACUGAGUAAUGGGAACAUUGGUAUCUAUCGGUCUCUCAUGGAAGAGCUCGGCCAUUCAAUUGAGGCGAUCAGGCCUCAAAUCGCGGGGUCGAAUGGUGACCAACGCAUGAUACCUAUUCGCCAGAACCCGGAGACGGGGUCAGAUUCCUUCACGGCGACAAUCGAACGACUAAAAAGCUCAAAUCAGAAGUUUGCCCUCGAGUUAAAUCAAGCUCGAGCCGAGCUGCAGCGGCUAUCUCAGCAAAAAGAGGAAUGGGAUUCCAAAACUCGCAACCUUCAGGAGCAGCUUGUGAGCAGUCAGUCUCGGGCCGAUCGAUUAGAAAGAGAAUUAUUCAAGGCAAAGGGGGACAUUGCAGGCGCAAUCGACAUACUACAGAACCAGCAAUCGGAAAAUCCAACCCCGAGAAAGCGGAUGAGAAAUAUGUAG